UCGCGCUGUAAACAUCGUACGGUGUUUUGGGCUCCUCAAACGAAGGAAACAAAAAUUCUGAAUCGUUUGUUAAGUUACGUUUUGUUGUUAGUUUUGUGUUAAUUAGUUUUAUGUCGUUUCGCCAAGGGGCUCCUCCGGUCGAUUUGAGUUACUCUGUCCGGCAUUCGUUCGUAGGAUUGUAAAUAAGUUGCACGCGGUUGAAGUGAUUGUAAUUCCACUUGAACGAGAAAUUUGGAUUGGAUAUUUACAGUGAAACUGCAUUACAUCUGGCAGCACCGGUUUUUUAUGGCAAAAAUACUCUCAACAAUUGUUGUGCACACUGCCUGCGCCUGCUGCUGUCAUUCUGACCUUGUUUGUUUUGAACCAGAAUUCGCGAAUCGACACACAAAACGACACGCUGAAUGAAUGUGCGUUCGAUUUCGGGGGGAGACACCAAGAAAGAGAGAGGUAGAGAGAGAGAGCGAGCGAGAGUGAGCAUUUUCCGGAGUAAAUCGGAGCGGAUUUGACACUCACCACGGGAAUACAGCGAAGGGAGAACGUUAUCCCGUACGCACCAGAAAGGAUAGUUCUCUGAAAGGAGCAGGAAAAGGAAAGAAAAAAAACGCAAAGAAGUGUUUCACUGCACAUAAACGGAGCUCAAGUGUUAUUUAGUGUUUAUAUAGUAAAAAUCAGCAAUUUAUAGUGAGACAAUAGUUGUUCGUUGGAUCCGGGUGCACAUCCAACGCAAUUCAAGAUGAAUAAGCUAGACUACGAUGUAGAUUGCUUAGAAAUAAGUGACGACCUGAUAAGCAUGGCCGAGGACAAUACACUAGGUGACUUCUCACAUAUCGACGACGAGCUGCAGUUUGUGAAAAAUGACGGAAUGCUAGCACUAAGAUUAAUUCAAGUGGCAGAUAGUUUAGACUCACCCAAUUUUAUCACAGGAUCACCAGCUAAUUCCUACCCAACGUUAACCAACUCCAACAGCGAUCCUAAUCAAUGCUCAUUUUUUGUGCUUAAGAAAAACAACGACAACGUGAAGCAAAGCAGACCUGCCGUCAACAUCAGCAGAACGGGCCCAAGGCCCGUGGACUGCGCCAGUGACACAAACCUGAAUAGAAAGCAACGCGAUGACCGACGGCGGGCGAACCACAACGAAAUCGAACGGAGGCGGCGAGACAAAAUCAACAACUGGAUCCACGAGCUGAACAAGAUUAUCCCUGCGGAGCACAUGAACAGCCCCUCGCAGGACCCGCAGGCGAACAAACAGAACGGCGGAACCGGUGAUAAUCUGUCUAAGGGGGGCAUCCUGGCAAAGGCUUGCGAGUACAUUACCCGGCUGAAAGACACCAGCGAUAAGCUGACCGAGUGCCUUGCCGAAAAGGAUCAGAUCCUGCUGGAGAACCUGCAGCUGAAGGAGAGCAUCAACCAGCUGCUCGCGGAGAACAAACGGUUACAGUCCGAGCUGCAGUUUGCCCUCGCCACGAACGUCAAGAUUGAGUCGUAGCCAUCGUCUAAAAGUCAUUAUCACGUUAUCAUAGUUUAGAGAACUAAAACAAGAGAUAAAAAAAAGGAACUACUGAGUAGGUAUUAGCGCCAUUUGAACGAAAGUGAGAGAGUGAGACAAUUAGCCGCUGUGUGAUGGUGCUGUGUUCGGAACGCUGUGCGAUCGAUAGAAACACAAGCACACACACACGCACAAACAGACCCGCGUGCAAGUAAACAAAACAAACAAAAAUCAGAAACACACACAGAGAAUCAGUAAUGUAAGUAUUCGUCAUUAUUAAUUAAUCGAUCAAUUUACCAUAUAGCGUUAUUUGUUGAACUAUUAUUGCACUGAGAAAAAAGCAAGAGAAGAAAAAAACCGAAAAAGUGUACAUAUUAACGGAACGAGACAAACAAUAGGCACGCGAGAACAAGGCGAAUGAAAAGCCCCUAUGCGAAAGGAAAACAUUGGUAAAAUGCCCGUAUUUCGGCAAAUAGUAAUAACCUACCCACAGAAUAAGAACGAGAAAUCAGAAAAUCGCUCAAACAAAUCCUCCCGCAUUACCCACUUAGAACUGUACAUAGGUACCUAACCACACACAGACUCAUGUAAACAUAAUCAAUUUUCCUAUCCCUUAAGAAUGCUUUUCGUUCGUUCCUGCCGUUCUUUCGUUCACUGUUUUUUGUUUCGCUGCGAAACCUCCUGCCUAAGUUUAAUAUAGGUCCUGUUUAGUGCUUAAUGUUGUACGUAUUUAGUCUAGUAUCUCCGCGAUCGUCGUUGAUUUAUUCAUUGAAGUUUGAAAUGUUAAUUUUUUUUUUUUGUUACGACAAACUUCCGCGUCACCGUCGCCAACUGUCGUCGCACGCGUGUUGUGGCCAUCCAUUUAGUUUAACCUUGUUCAGAGCUGGGGACACGUUUUUGUUGAGGAGUUAAAUCCAGUUCAAGGGGGGUGAGGGUGGUAGAAGCAACGGAGGGAGGGGCACAUAUUCAUCCCCAAUUAGCGGGUUGAUGAUCGCACAAAAGCCUGCUCUCGGUUUCGGCAAACGAGAGCGGGGUUAACUCGGCGUUCGACGAAGUCGUCGUCGUCAACCGGCAACGCAAAGGUGCUAAUCUGCAGUUGUUUAGGUAGACUUAUUUUGACGAUCGAUGACGAUGGAUGAUGGCUACAGUGCAGGUAUUCCCUGGGGGUGCCAUGCGGAUGACCACUUUCGGUACGAGUGGGGUGAUAAUUGAUUCAUCCUCUCAAGAUAUGUCGAUCGGCGGUUUGUAAACAAUGGCUUAGCACACUGUGGUCGGGAAAUUUUCCACUCAAACUGUUCGAAUUGACUUAAAAAAAUGGAUUAUUUUAAAAUUCAAAUCAGAUGUAUUACUGGAUGACUCGACUUUUCAAUCAAAUUGCUUGUUUGCGAUGACCGGCAGUUGCUUCGAGCGAAGACCUCAAUAAACUUCAAUCGAUCGGAUUAAGUCUAUAAUCAAUUGUUACAAUUUGCAAGCAAUUAACGGUUAUGACGGAGAUGUUUAGUAAGUCUCUCACCCUAGACGUAGUAGGCCUUACACAAACACAUACAUACGCGGGGCGCAUCGAAGUGGGCGUCGUCGUUGUCUGUAGGAGACAGUUCUACAGAAUCGCAUGCCCGGCAGCGUCCAAAUUACGGGGAAAUACUAGAGAAAAAACGUGACGCCUGUCCUCCGCUCAAAUGAAGUGAUUAAGAUGCGGUGCGCUAUUGGAGAAAAAUAAUCUACAAUUCAACGCGAAAACCGGUGGAGGCCAGUAUGCAUUGUCCGGCCACAUUUGCACAAGCUGACAUUUACAGUGGAAUUACGAGGCAAAAGUUACCCCACAGCUUACUGGGAUUACACUUUUAACAAAGUACCGCCAACCCUGGAGCGGUGACAGUUCCGGUUAGUGCCAAAACAAUUGGCUUAAACUUUGUUAAAACCCCGUCAUGGUUUGCUUAUUUUCAAUUAAACUACCUUUGGUGGUUGAUAAGAUAAAGCUGUUUUCUCUAAAAAUACCCCUCGAACGAUAAGCGUGAUGUGAAAUCCGUUGUAUCUAUUAAAGCUUUAACCGAACUCAUUUCCGUCGGGUUGCGCGGCUUAAUAAUCCCAAUAUCCGAUGGACGGCGGUUGCCAACAAAAAAAAAACUCGAGUUAGUAGCUGCGUACACACCUUCUGUGUACUGUACUACUAUCAAGUGCUUCAGUCAAGUCAUGAAAACAAUCUUUCUUCAGAUACCGCGCCCAAGUGUACUUGUGAUAAGACACAAACCGACCUGUCGUCACGGCUCGGCACGCAAGUCAUAUGAAACGCAACGUAACGACUGAUCCGAUAAACAUUGUCCCCGAUCAAUAAUAUUUGGUGAUAAAAUUUGAACUAAUAUUCGAAUUAUUCAUUUUUGAAAUGCUUUUCCCUAUAAAAUCUUCCCUACUAAAAUGAGACGCGGGAGAUGAACGCUUGCUCGAAGGUUAGCCAGAAGAAUGUCCCCCUCCUGGUCUUACACAAUAAUGGCGAGCUUGGAGCAUGAUAAUGAUGAAAGAUGAUGGGGUGUAUACAAACGCAGUCUUCUCGCAGAUAAGUUUCGGGGGCAUUGUCAAGUCGGUUGAUUGUAAAUUAGGCCGCUGAAGAAUAGGAUCUGUGUUAUCAAAUCAAAAGCGAUGACGGAUAAGGUCGCAGAAGGCGAGAUUUUUUCGUGGCGUACCAACCACACCAUUUAGGAUGUGUCUGAUUUUGGGUGAAUGAUUUUUUUCUAAGUUCUCUUUGAGGUUAUUUUUCGAUGCUGUUUUCCUGUAGCUACAAUUUUAUUCAUUCAUAACUGAAGUUCACUCGCAACGAAGUGUUUAUAUACGAUUAUCGAAGACCAUUGUUCUGAAAGAUAAAGAGAAUUGUUGUUUAUCUGUUAUUGGUUAACAUUGUUUCCGUGUUUAUUAUUGAACACAUGUUUUGAUUCAGAAAAUGUUUUUUGAAAUAUUUUGAAAGCUGACCUCACCUCCUCGAUGCAAACGUCGCCUACCGUGACUGACAAUUCAACAGAUCUGACGUAGUUCCAGCAGUUGUUCGUUAAUUCGUUUAUGACAGUAGAUUACUUAGUCGCAAGGGUGGCGAUAAUGCGAAAUUGUGUAUUUUAUGUCUUUACUUUUUUCCAUUUAUCUCGCAAAAGGCGUCAACGUCAACCAGCGAGUUGUUUUUUAGUAAAACGAAUAAAAAUAAAAACAUAUUUUUAAUCUAUUUCAUGUGCCAUAAAAAAUUAAUCAUAGAAAGAUAUUUAACAGUGGUUAGAACAAUAAGAAUAACAUUGAAUUCUAGCGGUGCCAUAACCGAAUAACCAAAAUUGAAGACGGUAAUGUGAAUUUAUACUUUGACCAAGUAAUAAAAAUUCAUCAUAACGGUAAUAUAAAAAAUUUUAGAAUAAUUAAUUAUAAAUUCUUUUUUCAAUAUAAAAACUUCUUUUUCACUUUUUUUCAAUUAGGCGUAUACUGUUACUAAGUGAAUUAGAGGGCAGUGCCAACGGUUAUUUUCGUUACGCAGUCACGCCUUAUUUGGAAGCAUGUACAAUUCCUUUCAACCGCAAUGCAAUGGUUGCUGCGAUGUAUCCUCGAAACUCUAUCAGACAAAACGGUCUGUUGAGAGAUGUGCGGAUUAUUUUCGGGUUUUCGAUCCAAAAGAAACACGUCUGGAAUAAUUUAUCUCAAUUUUUUUUUAUUAUUAUUAGGUACAGGAAAUCGAUGUCAUUUUUUACCUAUAACAACUUUGCUCCAUUUGUCAUAGUGCGAAUUCUUCAACUGCAGCCUCCAAAUACUAAGCUCUGAACGUUGAAUUCUAAAAUAUAAAUUCUCAUCUCCAGAAUCAAAAUUCAUGCUCUGAGCUCUUCUGAUUGAUGUUAUAAACUAAACCCUGAAUUCUAUUUUCUAGACUUAAGACUUUCAAAGAAGCUCAAAGGCUAACCUCCAAAAACCAAAAUUCGAACUCCAAAUUGUGUAGUCUAAGUCUAGAACUACUUUUCAACACAAGAAAUAUGACAAAUUUGUGUUUUUACACAACUUUUUCAUGUCAAUAUUUGGCGACUCAUGAAAAAUUUUAACUUCGAAGAGAUUCGCACUAUCGAAAGGCCCUGAGUAUCUGCUUCACAACGCCGAGAUCAACAGUGAAAUUUUGCACCUUCUUUCGCUGUGGAAAAACCAAUUGCAAUUUCUUGCCAAGCUUCGUCAGGUAUUUCUUUUCGCAACAUGUACUUCGGUAUACCUUGUGAAAUGACUACUGCACAUCCUGCAAACUUUUGAAUAUAUUUAUCCUUGUUCCGGUCCAUAUACGGCCAUCACACUUUCUCUCUAAGAGUCCGCCGCAUAGUAACUAUUCCUGGAUGUUCGCAAUUAGCCAAUUCCAAUGCUCCUUUUAGUUUUGAAGGAGGGAUAAUCCUAUCGUCCCUAACCAAUUUCUGGCUGAACAACGUUCAGAAGAACCGUCAUACUUCCAGAAACCCAAAGUCCACAAUCCUUUCAGCCGCGGCUGCUGGUUUUCUCGUACUUUUCACUUCUGGCAUAGUUUUCACUUUGAAAUUUUCGGUUCCACGUCUGUUUGACUACGGAAACACCAGAGGCAUCACAUUCAAGCUUAAAUGAGUGCCCUUUUUGGAUUCAUAAGGAUUUCUCGAUUAAUAUGUAUUAAUAUGUAAUUCUCGAUAAUAAACGACUCUUCGAAGGAUCAGUAGUUCAACCAUCUUGUUUCACUUGUCGACGAAAAAGUUAUGCGGACGCCUGUAGGAACUCGUAUGACUUAGCCAUUCUCCCUAAUCGCGGCGAAGAUCUGACGUAUCAACGGCUUCGGUGAAAGGUUCCAGAGGGCAAUGCUUAUCGAGAUCCAUCUGAAAUAAACAUGUGUAAAAAUUCAAAAUUCAACCGAUGAACGAUAAACGAUUGAAUUCUGCAUCUCGACUUAAAUUUUGAUAUACAACUUGGGAAUAUUAAAUUUUCAAUCCUUUCUGCGAUUCAUUUCUCCAUCUCGUUACCUGUUGCUACUUUUUCUUUUACACUUCAAAAUAGUUCGCUACCUUUUGCCGCAAUUCGGCCUCCACCAGAGCCUGACAAAGUCAUUUUCAAUUGACAAUUAUCAGGUUAUAAUGACACUUUGACCCGUCGCUUUCAAUUGAAAAGCUUUUGUAUAAUUUUUGAGCACUUCGUGAGUCACAUGACACCCAGUCGAAAGCUUUUGCUGUGAUUCUGACAACUGAAGGGCUUGAAAUUGAUACGAACGCUUUUCAAUUGAAAGCGGAGAUUAUCACCGUCACUCUCAAAUGACGAUUCUCAAUUGAAAAUGGCAAUGAGCGCUGACGGAGACAGAAGGCGAAAGAGGGAGGAAAUAUUGAUCGAAACUUGCGUAACGUAUUUAUUGGAUGCCAUUGCCGUUCUAACUACGGCUUGCGGUAUUAGAAAACUACCAUCAAACGACGCGAUGCGGUGCUAAUUUCAAUUGAGACGCUGAAGGAAAGGAAAAAGUCUCUCUCUCCGUCGAUUGAAAUAGUCAUUAGUUUCAUUUGAAAUUAUCCGAAAGAAGAAAGAGGGAAAGAGAGAAAGAAGUGAUUCGUUGACAGUAACCUAAAGGAAUCAAGUGAAAAUGAAACUGUUCGAAUCGAAAUGACAGCGCGAAUAUAUCAGUUUCAUUGUUUUGUUUCGAAAAUGUAGAGCCCUGGCCUCCACUCCUUGAUCCUUGUUGCCAAACUUAUUCUAUUCAACUCCACAUCAAGUUGCUUGAGACUCUGGACGUUUAGGUGUCUCAUCCGUCUUUGCCACAACUCCAGGAGAUCCGAUCACUUUGUGACAUACAAAACAUUUUAACCUUCCUGUCACAGCUUGUACAGACCACCUUGUUGCUCUUCAAUCGCAACUCGCACUAGUUUUUCAUUUUCGUUGAUCAAAUUCGCAAAUCUUCGACACUGACAACAGGUUCAUUGUAACUUUGAUUAUGCUGGAUUCACCUCCUACGUCAGCUAAUAUAUUCAGAUCACGUUUCGAGGGUUCUCCAGUUCUUCAGAAUAGCGACACAUAAGGGACGAAGAUCCGGGGUCGAAAAUCCAAUCUUCCAUGAUCCGUUUUCCUCCGUUUGACACCAUGUUCGACUUCGGUGGUUUUUUCGACGCUUCAAAGCUCAUGAUCAUGAGUUCAUACGUAUUCGGCAGCCGCAUGAACAGGAUACUAGACAUCCAACGGUCAUUAACUUCAAAUCCGAUUGUAGCUAACUUGUCAUCCAAAGAUUGGAAAGGCUUCGACCGACUCACACUCCACAAGCUAGAUCCUGGUCAACUACCGAAGCAGUCCAAGUCCCCGGAUGUAACCGCUGUCCUCGUGGAAAGUCGCCUUUAGGCUAUUCCAUGCUUCCUUGGCGGUCGUUGCAUGCUAAGUUUAUUGGGUCGCAAAAGCUCGUUACGAUCGCUUCUUCGGUAGAUUGUCCGCGGGGAUCGCCUUCCCCACAAUUGAGCACCUUCUCGACCACUUCCACUUGAUUUGUCCCUUUUCAGACUAACGUUAUGUAGAAAAGGUAUACCACAAAAGAUCAAAGAGGUAUACCACAAAAAAUCAAAAUAAUGGUCGCAGUGGUCCAAAUCUUACAAAAAAAAAACGUUAUGUACAUUUAAAAUCUGGAAUAAUAUAAUGAUCUGUAUCUCGCCAACGGAUUGACAUAUAAAUGAGGUUAAUACAUCAAAACGAAGGUAAUUCACUGUAUUUGAAGAAAAGAAUAUCAAUACAAAUCAUUUCUCUGUGUUUCUAAUGAAAAUUCGCAUUUUCCUCCCAUCAAACGCUGCACACCUCCGGAGUCUAGGCACUUUUGUUUUACAUUUUGGUCAUCUGAGUCGCGUCUCGAGCUGUUUUUUUACUUUCUCUUAAGCGUCCGCUUUAUUAUUGCCCAAAAACUCUCGAUGGGCCGGAACUGCAGGCAGUAUGUUUUUUUUUUGGCAACGCGCCAAAUCUGGCCAAAACUUCACGGGACCUUCAUGGGCUUUAACGAAAGGUAAUACGCGAUUAUUCUUUCUUGUACAGCUUCGAAUCCAUAAGACCGUCACGAAUAGUGUAGUAUUUGCUCUGCAGCUGCAUAUCCCUUGCCAAAUCAUUAGUGUUUUGGCCAAUUUCUCCUUAAAAACAAACUUAAUCUUUCCAGGAAAUUUUCUCGUGCCAUCGCCAUGUAGAAUUUUUGGCCAGGAAGCUGUCCGAAAUUAAUUUGACGUAAGUUUCAUCGUUGAUGAGUAGGUAUUCGAGCUCGAGCUUUGGUGACGAAACUUUGCUCUGGUUCAACUUGCAGUCAUUGGUUCCACUACGACGCUUAUCUGGAGACAGUCGCUCCAUGCGCUUUCGCUCCCUGAAACUCUUUGAGCACAGAAUACACGGUUGAUUUGGCGUUUUUCAACGAUUUCGUGAUCUUUAUUUCGGACCACGUUGGAUUUUCAACGUGAGUGUGUAGAAUUUUUUCCCUCCUCUCGGCUUCCAUCUGGAAUAAUUUUCGACUCACUGCACGAAACACCGUGAAAUUUCUACCUCAGAAAGUGAGCGCCUAGAUAAACACAAUAAGUGAUUCCGGAUUCUAACUGGACAGAACUUUAUUAAUGAUUAAAUUCCAGACUGUUCAUCGGGAGGAAUCUUAUUCUUAAGGUUGCAAAAAGGUCUCGUUGGGUGCUUUCACUUUUGUGUACAACCCUUGGGCCGUGGCAUUUGAGAGUAGAGCGUUAGGCAUUACGUAAUUUGUAUAAGACGCCUCUAUCACUUUCGAAUAAAACUGUAAACUAAUUCUUCAUGUUUCCUUUUCUACUGGUUCCAGUGUAGAGAUGCUGUGCUGAUACUUCUCUCGUUCAUGUGUUUUCAAUAUUUUAUUGGCCGAUGUAAUAUAGCGAUCCGCAGAUAUCGGUUUUCGACAAAUGCUGAACUUCAGUGUAUCGUCUUCUUUUCUGGUUAUCAAUAAAUUCAGAAACUUAGUUUCCCGUCCACCUCCUUUUCUACGGUGAAUUUCGUGCCGAGUGUUGAGCAUGUUUAGAGUCUGUUCUAGACGGCGCUUCUUCAUCGGUGCGUUGCGUUCCACAGGCGAGGGAAAAACUUGUUGUUUUCUGCAUUGCCUUCAAAGUCGCUCAUAAACAGAUUCGCCAGAAGAUGCGAGAGUUAACUACCCAUACUCAACCCGAAAUUUUGCUUGUAGAACUUCCCUCUGAAUGCGGUGUUCGACUUAGCCUUUUGUGGUUCUUUCGACGCUUCAAGGCUCGAGAUCAUGAGAGUGUAGGUCUCCGAUAGUCCCAUCAAAAGGAUAAUAGGCAUCCGACGGUCAUUAACUUUAAAUCCGACUGCAGAUAACCUGUGUCGAGUUGUCAUCAGAAGAUCACUGUAGGCUUCGACUGACUCACACUCCACAAACUAGACCCCGGUCAACUGCCAAAUUGGCCAUGUUUUUGUCUUUUAUGAGCUUGAGAAUCGUUUUAAGAUGAUUCGAUGCUUCUUUUCUGCUCUUUCAAAUGUUUUGUCACUUUGUGGAUCAGACUCACUCUAUUUUUUUACACUUAUAUUUCCAAAUUGUGUCAUAUUUUGUGAAUUAAAAAUAAACCCAUUAGCUUGCAAUACAAGUUGAUUCAUUAGCCCUAAACGAUCGGUCUGUAAAUACGUGAAAUAUUAUAUAAAAAGCUAUUGUUUUUAAUGGUUUUAAAAUCCCCUUUAUACUGUACUCAAAAAUAGUGUGUGGCCAUAGUGGCAAUUGAACAAAACGCUUCAGUCGAGUGCGCAUCUCUUACUUCACAAGCUCUAACUUUAGGUUACAAAACGCAAACGAACUCUUCUGAUCAUAGUAACCGUAGAGAUGCAGUGCGUGAAAGUUCGCCUCGCGCAAUGACAAAUUUUUGUGAAAAACAAAACGAAAGUUCGAAAAAUUCAAUAGUGACAAAAGCUCCAAAGCCUGAUUUCCCAAGGCCACCAGAGCGUCUCCGGUGUGUGAACUCGAAUCCAUUCCGGGGAUGAUGAUACUUGACUAAAGUGGGCCACGUUUUGUGCACUUUUGUUCUUCUGUUCUUUCCCCGUAGCUAGUGAGUGGGCAAGUGGGGGGAGGAUGGGUUCAAUUACACUCAUUUAAUGUAUAUUACUCACUGAUAGCCGGAGCUUUCAUGUGAUGAUAAUGACGCGCCAGUAUAACAACAGGGCACCGUAAAAAUGAUUUUAAGCGAUUCUAUACAUUAUACAAGGUUGUGUGCUUUUUUUCUCUGCCUCUACUUUUCAUUUAUUAUCUGCUGCUGGUGCAGCAGUAAAAACGCAGCAAUAUUAUCAGAGUUGCAGCCUGAAAAGAAUAGGGCGAUUCAAUUAUCGUCUCCCAUAUGGAGGUCCGUCCGUCGUUGUUGUCGCUGCAAACGGAAACGGCGGGCUGCGGGCUCAUCAUCAGCUUCGAUUGUCUCGCGGGUCGGUUUGUCUGUUUAGAGUUUUCACCGCCCGUCAGAGCGUCACCAGCAGUAGCAGCAGCAGCCAGCACACGACAAUCAGAUAUGCGAGUUUUUCACGUGUUGCCCUUUGCAAAGCCUGUGGAACUGUGCGGGAUAUGAUUGAUUUGUGUUCGAGAAGAAAUAGCUCCAGGAGGGUAGGGGAGCAGAGGAGGGAAACACAGCGCACACGACAGUUAUGCUUGAUUAUCGAUGAAAAAUGAGCGACAUGCGAGUCAUGCUAUGCAUGCAUUGUGGGGGGAGGUUGGGAAAUGCGGAAAAUAUGGCUGUGGAGGCCGAUUCGAGUGAUGAGCCCUUGCAUCGCAAUCGAACAAUACUCGGAAAUUUCUGAUUCCAUCCGUUUGACAUUUGAUACCAUGCGAUAAUCCAAGUCAUCAUUGCAAUUAUUUUUUCUCCCCUUUUUCCACUUGGAUCAGAAACGAUUGAUUCUCAACAAGGUAAAACUAAUGUUUGCCAAUUAUAGAAGCAUUACGCGCUGGUUUGCCCUUUGACUAUAUUGCACAGUAGGCGCCGUUUGCAUUGGAAAACAAUAGACACCUCCUAAUCACAGUAGAGAGAAAACAAAGAUAGAAAAGAAAAGACAUAUCCCCCUCUCUCGGCGCUUUAGCGUGUAAGUGUCUUCGGAACAGUUUCCUGAUAUUUGUUAAAAAUGUUAUCAUUCUAAAAGAUGCCAAAAAGUUUAACACGCUAAAACGUCGAUAUAAGGAUCAUAGAUCGUCUAGUGAAAGUUUGGUCCCACUGUGCUUCAGUUUUUGGAUGUUAUUAGAAUUGUUUUCUAUUUUUGUGGCAAAAAUUUAAUUGGAAUUCGAUGUUGUUGCGAUAGAAUAAAUCAAAGACAGCUUCUACCCCCGCGUUUCCGUGCUCAAAAUUUUAUUCGUUUUUGUGUUAUCUUAUUAUUUGCUUGUUUCACCGGGGGAAGAAAGAAAAAUUCUCUUCUAAGACUAAUCGUUUUUCGUUACCAAUAAACAGUAUGGUUUUGUGCUAAAUCAUGUUGUUGAAUAUUAUACCGUAUAUUGUAGAAGAAACGAUAAUUAGGGUAAGCGCUAGGAGAAACACGGAAAAGAUUUUAGCAAAGACUAAAGAGAAAAAAUACCUAAAUAUAUAUAUAUAUGAAUGCGGAUAAAUGCAAUAAUAGUGUUAUUAUUUUAUUAAAUAAUUACCUACUAAUCGUAAGUAUUUUACUGAUAUAUCAAUAUUAUAUAUAUAAAGUAUUGGUUUAUGUACAAAAGUUGUGAACAAAACGUGCGAAACGCGAGGAGAGCAAGUUACUAUUGCAAUAAUAUUCAAAACAAAAGCAUAAAGCACGCAAAUCAAACGCGUGUAGGAAGUGAAUGAUCAUACUUAAAGAAACAAAAAAAAAGAAAAGCAAAUAAUACUGAAAAACCAACUGCUACUAAACAUAUUAUUACGGAAAUCUAAAAUAACGAAAUCAGAUACAAUAAUUAAAUUAUAGUUAUCAUUGAACUUUUCCAAAAGUUAUUAAAUUAUUGCUAUUACAUUAAAUAUACUUAAAAGAAGAAGAAGAAAAAAAGACAAAAUAUAUUAAUAUUUAUCAACCAACAAAUUGAAGCAGAAAUUUUACAGAACAAAAGCAAACAUUAUACACUAGUUGACAAAGAAGAGAGGAAAAAAACUACUCUGAAAUAAGCAAACAAAGUUAUAUCUUAAAUGUUGUUCAUUAAAACCGAAGAUCCCGAAAAAACGGUUAAAGAAAAAAAAACAAAAAAUAUUCGCAGAUAGAUUUCACCACAAGUUUUGAUAUUCAGUUACUUAUGAUACGUCUUGUAAUAAAUGUGUUUUUCUUAUUGAGAAAAAAAAAAUACCAACAAAAGGACAGUAAACAAAAAAAAAUAUCCACAUACCCAACGGCUGCCGCAAUAAGUUUGCGCUAACUCUAGCAGCAUUCGAACCUAAGCAAGCAAGCAUCAUAGUAACCAUCGAAAACAAGCGAAGUAACCCAACUUUACCCGUGUAUCGUAUAUUAGUGACUAUCAGCAUGUCCGAUAAUUAUGAUUCAAAUCCCAAUUGAGUGAAUCGAGCACACAAGCAACAGAAAAAGACAAACAGACUUAGUUGUAAUUUGCGAUCAUGCCCGUAGAGAGCUGCGAAUCAAAUCAAACCCAAUAAACUAUUGUGAGAGAAAAUAAAGAAGAAAAAAAAAACAAAUUAUAACGAUGAGAAA